GCCGGUGGGGGCGGAGCUCCCGGGUGUCAUGGCUGCCUCCGUGCCGCGGUCUUUGCUGUGGGGCCGGUGCUGACCGUCGCGCGCUGCCCUCGCUGUGGGAUCGCUGCUCUCUCCGCUCGGCGGCGGCGGCGGCGCGGCCAUGGGGACGGUGCACGCGCGGAGUCUGGAGCCUCUUCCAGUGAGUGGGUCUGACUUUGGUGCUUUAGGAGAUGAACCUGAACUAGUUGAAGUUGAACCUGAAGCCAAGCAGGAAGUCCUUGAAAACAAAGAUGUGGUGGUCCAACAUGUACACUUUGAUGGACUUGGAAGGACUAAAGAUGACAUUAUCAUGUACGAAAUUGGUGACCUUUUCAAGGCUAAAAACCUCAUUGAUGUAAUGAGAAAAUCACAUGAAGCUCGUGAAAAGUUGCUCCGUCUAGGAAUUUUUAGGCAGGUGGAAGUUCUGAUUGAUACAUGUCAAGGAGAUGAUGCCCUUCCAAAUGGUUUAGAUGUAACAUUUGAAGUAACAGAACUGAGAAGACUAACUGGAAGCUAUAACACUAUGGUUGGCAAUAAUGAAGGCAGUAUGGUUCUUGGGCUCAAACUCCCUAAUCUCUUUGGACGUGCUGAGAAGGUGACCUUCCAGUUUUCCUAUGGAACAAAGGAAACUUCAUAUGGCCUAUCAUUCUUCAAACCACAGCCUGGAAACUUUGAAAGAAAUUUUUCAGUUAACCUGUAUAAAGUAACUGGACAGUUCCCUUGGAGCUCCCUUCGUGAGACUGACAGGGGAAUAUCGACAGAAUUAAAUUUUCCCAUAUGGAAGACCAAUCACACACUGAAAUGGGAAGGUGUUUGGAGAGAGCUUGGCUCUCUUGCAAGAACAGCCUCCUUUUCUGUUCGAGAAGAAAGUGGACACUCUCUUAAAUCUUCUCUCUCACACGCCAUGGUAAUCGAUUCUCGGAACUCUUCAAUCUUGCCUAGACGAGGUGCUUUGCUGAAAAUUAAUCAGGAGCUAGCUGGCUACUCAGGUGGAGAUGUGGCCUUUCUAAAAGAGGACUUUGAGCUUCAGCUGAAUAAGCAGCUUUUAUGGGAUUCAGUUUUUUCAGCAACUCUCUGGGGUGGAAUGUUGGUUCCUAUUGGAGAUAAGCCCUCCAGUAUUGCUGAUAGGUUUUACCUUGGUGGACCAACGAGCGUGCGUGGAUUCAGUAUGUACAGCAUUGGACCCCAAAGCGAAGGUGAUUACCUUGGAGGAGAAGCCUAUUGGGCUGGGGGCCUGCACUUGUACACACCUCUCCCUUUUCGGCCAGGUCGUGGGGGAUUUGGAGACCUCUUUAGAACACACUUCUUUCUCAAUGCUGGAAACCUCUGCAAUCUUAACUAUGGUGACGGUCCCAAAGCUCAUCUCCGGAAGCUGGCUGAGUUCAUCCGAUGGUCUUAUGGUGCUGGAAUAGUGCUCAGACUUGGAAACAUUGCUAGAUUAGAACUUAACUACUGUAUCCCUAUGGGAGUACAAAGUAGUGACAGGAUAUGUGAUGGUGUCCAGUUUGGAGCUGGAAUAAGAUUCCUGUAAUAUUACAGAAACACUUCAUGCUUCUGUCAAAAAAGAGAGCACUUGAAUAAAAUAUGGCUCAGUGAUUCCAGGUUUUUUUUCCCCCUUGAAGUAUAAAUAUGCCUUUGAGUGAUUAACCUCUCAGACUUCACAGGAAACUACAUUAAAGAAUUAUGCUGGAAAGGUGCACUGUACCUCUGCUUUUUAUCAAAGGCAGGCAUACUCUUUCAUGGGAUUUUAAAACUAUAACUUUUACUGAGGCUGUUGAUACUUUAAAUGAAAAAAA